AUGUUGCUACGAAAGUUGAGAUAUGGGAACUCAAAAGCUCUUUAUGCCAUUCAAGGCAUGUUCUCCAUCAGUAAUCUUAACGCCCAGAUUACAAGAUAUUCUUGUCGCAGCAUGGCAUUUCAUCAAUCAGCUAACAAGGCAUUGGAAGUUGUGCCUGGAAAUAUCUAUCCAUGGCAAUCUUUUUCAACCAUAGCCAGCACAAUCCUGGUCCAAGCUAGAGACCCUGCUAAGCUAAGUGAGGAGAUACAAAAUGCACUCGAUGAACAUAAACUUAAUGAAGCUUGGAACUUACACGAACAACACAUGAACAUGGAAGGGUUUCCCAGAAAAUCUGUUGUCAACAAGCUUCUCACAACUUCUUCCCAAAGUCUACAACUUCAAUACCUCGAAAGGGCAUAUCAUUUAGUAGAAAAAGCCAUUGAAGAACACAAACAGAAUUUGCUAGAAAAAACAACUCUCAUAUAUCUAUCACUAUGUCUUGCAAAAGCCAGUCUACCUGUUCAUGCAGCAACUGUUUUAAGAAAGCUAGUAGAAACCCAACAGUUUCCUCCAGUCACUGCUUGGUCUGCUAUAUUAGCACACAUGUCACUAACUCCAUCUGGUGCUUAUCUGGCAGCUGAAUUGGUUCUUGAGAUUGGUUUUCUGUUUCAAGAUGGAAGAGUGGACCCACGUAAAAAGAUCAAUGAAGAACUCAUUGCAAUGAAGCCGAAUACAACUGCUGUAAACAUUGCUUUAGGGGGUUGUCUUUUGUUUGGGACAAAUAGAAAAGCAGAGCAGCUUUUGGAUAUGAUACCUCGAAUUGGUGUGAAAACUGAUGUCAUCAUGUUGAUCAUGAUGGGGCAUGUAUAUGAACAGAAUGGACGAAAAGAAGAGCUUAAAAAACUUAAAAGAUACAUUGAUGAAGCCCAUGAUUUGAGUAAUGUUCAGUUUAGAGAGUUUUAUAAUUGCUUGCUUUCUUGCCAUUUGAAAUUUGGGGAUUUAGAAUCUGCUUCUCAGAUGGUUCUUGAAAUGCUUAAGAAGGCAAAGAAAGCUCAAGAUUCUCUUGGUGUUGCUACUUUUAGAUUUGAAGCCAAGAAAAUGGACAAAUGUCCUCAAAUAGAGUCUCAAGAGAGUUUGACUUUGACUCCUGAAAAGACAAUGAUACCCCAGACUUUGGAUUAUGAAGAUUUUUGUGGUGAUAGAAAGUUUCUAAAACUUGAAGAAGAAGCUAAAGAACUACUUAACAUUUCAGUAAUGAAGUUUCAGAACAAAAAGCAACUGAUCACAACCAAACAUGGCAUUCUCCAACCAACAGACACAGUUUUUGUGAAACUAGUCAAAGGUUUCUUGGAAGCUAACAAGGUAAAAGAUUUAGUUCAAUUUCUAAUCAAGGUAGAGAAAGAGGAUUCCCCAGUUUAUCUUGAUUCUUCUCCUUUGAUUCAAGUUGUGAAUUCAUGCAUUUCUCUUGGAUGGUUAGAUCACGCACAUGACCUGCUCGAUGAAAUGCGCCUGAGUGGUUUCAAAACCGGAUCUUCUGUUUAUUCAUCUCUUUUAGAAGCAUACUGUAAAGAAAACAAAACACAAGAAGUAAAAUCACUCCUUAGAGAUGCACGUAAAGGUGGCUUCCAGCUAGAUGCUAGUUGCUACAAAGCACUGAUUGAAUCCCAUGUGAUUGAUGAAGACACUCAAGGAGCUUUAAAUCUGUUUAAAGAAAUGAAAGAAGCUAAACUAGACAACACUAGUCAACAUAGUCAACAAGAAUUUGAUAUGUUAGUUCAAGGAUGUGGAGGGAGUGGAGAAGCUAAACUAAUGGCAAAGCUUCUACAAGAAAUCAAAGAAGGACAAAAAGUUGAUUGUGGUGUUCAUGAUUGGAACAAUGUGAUUCAUUUCUUUUGUAGGAAGAAGAUGAUGCAAGAUGCUGAAAAGGCUCUGAAAAAGAUGAGGAGUUUAGGGUAUACACCAAAUGCUCAAACUUUUCAUUCUUUAGUGACUGGAUAUGCUGCUGUUGGAGGGAAGUAUACUGAGGUGACUGAACUUUGGGGUGAAAUGAAGGUUCUUGGAUUAUAUCAUGGCAUGAAGUUUGAUCAAGAGCUUUUGGAUUCUGUUCUUUAUACUUUUGUAAGAGGUGGAUUUUUUAUUCGGGCUAAUGAAGUUGUUGAGAUGAUGGAAAAAGGGAAAAUGUUUGUGGAUAAAUAUAAGUAUCGAAUGCUUUUUAUGAAGUAUCAUAAAACGUUUUGUAAAGGGAAGACUCCUAAGUUUCAGACAGAGUCUCAGAUAAGUAGGAGGGAGGCUGCGUUGACUUUCAAGAAAUGGAUUGGAUUGUUUUGA